GCCCUGCAAGCUUAAGCUGCGUGAAGCGAAUGAAAAGAAAGAUAUUUACUAGUUAAUGAAUUUGUCAUUAAUUUACAGUUCAGUAUUUGAUCUAUGACUUAACUCCAGCCGGCCCAGCGCACCCCAUCGAUACAGCUUUUGUCCCAACCACCACCGACUCAUUGCAAUAUGUUGUCGUUCAUACAGGAGAAGAUUAUUGAGCCGUAUCUGGUAAUACGCCAGAGCGUGGCGCCUCUGAAGCUGUCAAGAUGGCAGCUCACAAAGCUCAUGGCUCGCAUGUUCGUCGAGGAACUGCCGGAGGGAUUCACCUAUUUUCUUCUGGCGGGUCUGGUAAUGACUUUCGCUGUGGCCUACGUCUUGAUCUGGAACAAGACGGUCAAGCGUGUGCCAGUACCCACUGGACUGGCGGUCGUCAAGCGAAAUGAUAUGCACUUCUUGGACAUCAUCAAGGAGGGGCGAGAGCUGUACCCCGGUGAACCCUUCUUAGCUACGAACAAGAGACAUAGCUAUGUCAUCUUUCCACCUUCGCUUUUCGACGAGAUCAAGCGUCUUCCUGAGCACACGGCAUCCGCGAGGUCAUUCUUCCACACCACUAAUUAUGGUCACUGGAGCCACAUCGGCACAGAGACGCCGGAACUCAUCAAAUCUGUCAUUGCAGAUUUAACCCGUUCACUUCCUGCUCGAGUGGUCGCUCGUCAAGAAGAUUGCCAAAAUGCUUUUGAGGAUGUGAUCGGACGCAAGCGCGACUGGAAGGAAUUUCCUCUCAUGAUGACUACAUUCGAAAUCGUCACACAAAUCAAUGCAUGCUCUUUUGUUGGAAGAGAAUUAGGAACUAGCAAGGGCUGGAUCAAGUCCGUGAUGUGGUCCCCGAUCUUCAUUCACGUCGCUGUUACGCUCCUCGAUGCUUUACCCCUUGUCCUCCGACCGCUUUUGGCUCCCAUCUACUUUUUCCCGACGCUUAAAAACCGAUGGGAUAUGAAGCGUUUGCUCACACCGGAACUGAAGAAAGAUAUCAAGAACUUCUACACUGCAGAUGACAAGAAGGAACACCUCAAGCCCAAGCCUGAGGGCAAGAUCCCUUUUACUGGAUUCCUCCUUCAACGUUAUAAGUCCGCCGAAGCGAACAUUAAGCAGCUCAUUUCGGACUACAUUCUUAUCAGCUUUGACUCGACUCCAUCCACAGCAUCGGCACUAUUCCACGCCCUAUGCGAGCUAGCACUGCACCCAGAAGCCGCCGAGAUCCUGCGACAGGAACUUGACGAGGUGGUCGUCGCCGGCAACCUUCCAGGUACUCACCUUCAAGAGCUUCGGAAGAUGGACAGUUUCCUCCGCGAGUCCUUCCGAAUGCACCCUAUUAGCCUUUUCGCCCUCCAACGUUGUCUUGAGAAGCCAGUGAAGUUCUCGGUCGGACCGACUCUCCCAGCUGGUACCAUCAUGGCUGUUGAUGGACUUGCUAUCAACCGAUCCCCAGAGCUAUGGCCCAACCCAGACGAGUUUGAUAUGUUUAGAUUCUAUAACUUGCGACAGAAGUCUGGCAAUGAGAACAAGUACCAUUUCCUCAGCACUGGCAAUGACUCGCCAGGCUGGGGUGAUGGAACCCAAGCCUGCCCUGGUCGCUUCUUCGCGACGAGCACGCUCAAGAUCGCGCUGGCGCAUUUCCUCAAGAACUACGACAUUGAGAUCAGGAAAGAUUGCCUACCUCUGACGACUACACCCCUUUCCAACGGAUCUUGGAAGCCUGAUGACCAGGCUAUUGCCCGAAUCCGGGCUCGGUGCUGAGUGGGCCGAUUGAGAAUGUCGGGUUGUGGAUUCAUAUAGAUGGCUAGAUGCUGCUAGAUGAGUGAAGCAACAUUCACCAUGUGAAACAGCUGAGAUUUCUAAUUAUG